GAGAGGUCGUCCCUAUCUCGGAGGGUCCCUUAUCGGAGGUUCCACUGUACUGAGCUUGAAGUUUAUAGCUUGACCGUAUUGUCGUAAUCACAACUGAGAAUCUUCAUACAGUAGCACACAUGUGUUUCUAGCCCAUCAUGUCUAUGAAUGGUUCGGCUACUGUCGCUCGGUCCCCUUGGAAUUCCAUGGACCCCUCACCGAAUUUCAGGGGGCCGCUCAUCUUGGGGGUCUCCCCCUAUCGUAAAGUUGUUGCGGACCACCACCGGCUGUUGGCCUCUUCUCCGCUCUCCAGUGGGCAGUCUUCGCCAGAGGGGAACCGGCGGUCGCGAGAAUUUAACCCCCAGGGGGCGGCCCCUCGCUCUACGAGGAGUAGAUCGAUGUCGCCACAAGGUCGGUUUUCCCCAUUCGGUAUUGGCUCCAUUCCACUCCACAUGAGCCACACGGCUGUGGAUUCCGAGGUCUCCAGCAUCGGGAGCCGAAAAUCGUCGGCGGACACGGAGAGCGGGAGGAUCAGCGCCGAUUUCGCCAUGGCGAUGGAAGAGUUGCGGGGACGAGCGGGGGUCUACCCUCACCACGUCAACGGCGAGAGUACGGUGGGGUGUGGAGGUACGUGGAAGUGGAGGGAGGAGAGAGAGGGCUUACUGACUGAGAUACUGGAGUGCAGAAGACGUCUUCAGAUGAUAUCAGUCGAGGCGCAAGAGUGGGAGCAGACCAGGAAGGACUACUGUGAGCUGAUUGCCAAGCAGCAACAACUGUUGAACGAAGCUAACUCUACAAGAGCUGCAGCUGACAAUCUCAAGCUCCAGAGGUGGAACAAGAAAAAGAUAUCAACCGUUGAUCUGAGAGGGCACAGUCCAUCUCAUGAGCAUAUGGAUCACCCUCAAGAGUUGAUGUUGGCAAUUCUAAAAUCGGAGCACCAGUAUGUUUGCAGUCUAACAGUGCUGGACACGCAGUACCAGCAACCAAUGAAGAUGCUGUCUGCCUUCAAAUCUGACGUCCUCUCUCUGCAGCAGCUUCAGUUUCUCUUUCUCAACUGCUCUGAGCUGCUAAACCUGCACAGAUACCUCUUUGAAGAACUGAGCAGAGUCCAGUUCCUGCCGCCGUCUGUCCAACUCGACCAGUUUUUCUUCAUUCUCGAGAAAACGUUCCCAAACUUCUCCCUCUACAAUCCCUUCCUCGACUGCAGCCGACAGGAAAAUGUUCAGAAAGAGCUCAUAGGCACUGAGAACAAAGCAGGAGUUUGUUCAACUGUUGGAGCACUGCAAUCAGGAGACAGAGGAGCUGAUCUCGAGCAUCUUUUGACUCUACCUUGUGAGAGGCUGAAGAGUACUCAAAGCUGCUGACAUGUUUCGUCUCCGAAGCUGAGAUAUCGGACCAGUCGGUCCGGAGAGCCGACAUCUCAUCCGAUCAUCAGGAAAUCAAAUACGAGCUCCAGGAUGAAAAGUCUGACUGGGACCACACUCAGGAGAAGAUAAAGCUCCUCCAGAAACUGGACCCAGAGUCUCCUGUCCCCUCUAGAGAUUUUUGAUUCCAACACCCGACUGGUCAAACAAGGACCCUGAACUCAGGUGAUGGCAGGAGAAGGGAGUCCCGAAAUUCUGCCUCCUGUUCUCCACUACUGGCCUUGGCCGAGACUGGAAACACCUCAGAUUCUCGACGCACGUAUGAUCCACUAUCGAGCUCAACUCCAUAAGACAGUGGAUAUUGAGGGUCAACCACUCACGGCUGACCUGAAGUCAGGACGAGGAGAGGAUCUACUGGCUUUUAGGGUCAGUUUGUGAGCAAGGAGAGUCUAUAUUCAGAGUGGCCAACCUAAUCUGAGAAAGGCUUGGGUCGAGGCUCUGGAAAUGUGUAUACAAGAGCGGCUCAUGAGGGUCUGUGUGUGAUAAUGAGGACAUUCCUCUCGCUCAAGUCUACCCUGAUGCGGCCCAAAGAUUGCAGCGGCAUCACUGGAGAAGCUGUUUCAACAGUUGACAAGUCCCCACAACUUCCAGGACGACUUUAUUGACGUGUUUCUGAUGACUCACCUCAGUUUCACGACUUCCCGCGAUGUCCUUGAAGCCCUCAUCAACUGCAUGCAGUCAGCCGGAGGACUCAGCGAUAGCGGAGCUCACUUUUCUGCCAAUGCUGUCUUCACCCUUCAGUAUGGUAUCAGAGCCAGUUGAAACUGACAGACAUAUGAAUGUGACUGAAUACUCUGACACGGAUCAAAUAUCACUGAACUCACCGGUACCAACUAGAGCAAGGACCUGUGCCAUGUCUUCUUCUACCAGCACACCUAUAAAGAGCUCUUCACUUCGGACGAGUGUCAGUACCAGUGACAGCGACGUGUCACCCCACACGUCGGCCGUAGUGGAGAACGGGAUCCUCCAGAACGGAUGGAGCAGCAAUCUCAAGAUCCCGUCCGGCUAUCCUCGAGCCAGCUCUGGUGAUUCAGAGACAGACUACGUGAUGUUCUUCCGAUCCUCUCGAAACAGUUCGGAGAUGGAUUUCGGAGACGAGGACAGUGGAAACGACGACAGUGCUGACACCCCACGACCGUCCCAUGCUGACCUCAUGGGCCUACGAAGCAGAGCAUGUGCUAAGAAUGGAGACAUGUCUUCAGUGAGGGCAGAAGCGGAGCACUUCAAAAUCAGGGAGAUGAGUAUCGAAGAGGAAGAAGGGAGUCAAGGCGAUGGCAGAAUCCACGUCCAAACGGCCGUAGACAGACGGAAACUCACCAUCUCAGAGAAGAUCAACCGGGACUUGGACGAGACAGCGAUCAUGUUGGAGAAGCUGACGCAGAGUCUGUUUCCGGUGG